UGCUGCUGUGAAGGAAGGUUUCAAAAUACAGAAAUGAUACUUAAGUUUGAUUAGUUCAUUAGAAGGUGGUGGUGGAAACACAAGCAAAGGUAGUCAUAUAUUCAAAUUGAGUUGUCUUAGCAGAAGAUCACAGGACCCAUGCAUGAAAUAGAAUGUUUGAGAGAAUAUCUCUUUUAGCAUUAGUUGUUGUGCUGACUAGUGAGUCUCUAUAUGCUGAUAUCUAUCUUCAUAUCCCAAGAGGCAGCAAUAAUAGAUUAAAUGAAAAUACAGCCACUAGAACAAACGCUAACCGGUUGUUUGAUAGUCAGAAUAACAAUCGAGGUGGUUACAAUGUGGGAGACAAGACAGACUUACAGUCAGGUGCUACAGAAGAAAAUCAGUAUAACAUGAAAUAUUUUCAAAGCUCCAAUUGGGAAACUGGAAAAGGCAAGACCUUUUUGACCUUAGAAUGGACCAAUCAACAUGGAUGUGGGGGUAAUAGUGCUAACAGCCAACAAAAACAGAACUGUAUGUUGAUUCUGCAGUACAUGUGUCAGGAUAAUGACCCCUCUGCUGAUGAUUACAUUAGAAAUGGAGUGGAGACAACAACAUCACAAUAUACAAAACCAACAAAAGAUACUUUUGCAGAUACAAAAAAUCGUAAAUCUAAUGAUGUGAAAAUUGGACGAGGACUUCAUGAACCAUGGGACUGGUAUGAUAAAUGCUAUUUACGAGAGAGAAACAAAGGUUUGUUCACAGCAGAUCAAAAGCUGACAGCAAACAAUGGAUUAGGCUACAGCAGUGCUAUUUACACUCGUCAGAACCCUACAGGUAAUCGUUAUGGCUAUGAGUGUGCAGAGGAACGAGACUACUACCCUUACUGGCACCCUAACCCAUGGAAAGAUAUUGCUGUUUUGACAGACAAGGCAUCAAUGUGCAGUGAUUACCAGAGUAAGAGUUUUAAUGUUCAAGGUUAUUAUGAGUGUGUGAAAUCAACAAAAGCUGUCUUUUCUAACAAUGAAAAAUCUUGUAAAGAAAAUAAUGGCACAUGGAUUCUGCUGAACAAUUAUUUAGAGAAAGCUAAAGAUAAAACCUCGGAGUCAUCAUGUAGAAACGCCAACAACAAUAAAAGUCCAUAUACCUACAGUUGGUUGAUUCCAUAUGACAGUAACACCUACAGUCCUGAGUGUCUUGUAAUGCUAAAUAAACCUGAGUGUGCAGAAGCUCCUUGGUCUAGAUCCAAUCAUUUAGGUAAUGGUCUAGAUGGAGUACCUUUAAACUACACAUGGACUCUUCCCUAUUUCCCUUCUGGCAAAGAGAAGCGUUGUGUGUUCCGAUUCAGAUAUAACGUUAGCACGGAUGAUUAUGAUCCUGUAGCCACAGACUCUACACAGAAUGAUGCAUUUCCAGCUGAGUCACCCAUCAAGCAGAACCCUUAUGUCUAUGUCAUGAAUAAGCAGUCGCCUCUUCAUUUGGCAGUCAACACAGCCCAGUUUGGUCGAGUUUUUCAGGACAGAAGUCAUGUGUUUAUUUUACGCCCCAGAACUGCAAACUUGGAGAACAGUAACAUCUAUAAUUUGAAUGUUCGAGGCAAGAGGGGCAACAUAGUCCAGACGUUUCCAGCUGUUGAAUAUGAUUUUUCACCCAAUGAUUUAAACAUUAAAGUCAAUGACAUGGUUCACAUACAGUGGACAGGUUCAAACACUCAUAACAACAACAAUCCUGCUGGGGAUGGUCAAGCUGGGGAUGCUGGAGAGGGAAAAGGAGGAACAGACCGCAGCAAUGUUGUUGAGCUUUCUGACAGGAGUCAAAAUUUUCCAACACCUUUUGAAUAUAGCCAGUUGUGGAAGAGUGUUGAAGUGGCUUGGAUCUAUUUUAAUAAAACAAAAAUAACUCCACAAGAUUUAGCUAUCAAUAUGGCUUCGGCAGGAUACUACAGAUGUGCUGAUGCAACUACGUGUCCUGAGGCAGAGAACAAAGCUUAUCUAGUCAGUACUAGAGGCAAGAUUAGUAACACACUGGACAAUGCCCCUGCUUCCUAUGAGGGAGCAGUCCUCAAAUUUACGAAACCAGGGAUUUAUUCUUACAUGUGCACUAGAAAUAACAGUUUCUCAAAUCGUAGCCAAAAGGGUUCCAUAGUUGUAAAGUAGCCAGUGAAAAUUCAAGUUUACAUAUAUCUGUUGUAGUAUUAAUUUUAGCAUAAGAUUAUCAAAAGAUAUUAGUUGGCCCAGGCGCAUUGAAAUAAAUAGUUGUAAAUUCUGCUAUCACUCUUCUUAUGUACACAUUUGUAUUUUAUAUUCUUUAGUCUUUCAUUACUUUAGCUCUAGGUCAAAACUGUAUUGUGUACUUUAAAAAUGUUUUCAGCUUUUUAUUUUUGAUCAAAUCUGAUAUCACUUUUGUUUUUAUUCAAAUAGAAAAUAUGUGCUUCUGUGUGAGUUUUUGUUUAGCAAAAUGUUUAGUUUCACUUUUGUGAACUACAGUAAAUAUUUCUCAAUAUAAUUUUGUCAUCUUUUUCUUUUUGUUCUUACAUUCUCUAUGUCAAGCAUAUUGUACAUAUUGAUAUUUUUAUAAUGAAUUUUUCUACAUUGCUCUUGCUUGUAAGAUGUCAAAUAUUUUGUGUUCUAAACUUGUUACUGUUUCAAAAGAAAGGCCUAUGUACAUUAUAUUUUUUGCCUUAUGUUACUUUUAAUUUGCAUAAUACUUUGUCUGCCGUUCAUAAUACUUAUCUGAGCUCAAUCUACGGGAUCAAUAAAUAGCAGUGUGCUGUGUUCAGGUUCUGCAAUUAGAUCUAUAGACUGUGCUAAUUAUCUACCUUUGUCUCCACCUGCAGGUUCAGAACAUUGGGACAUAUAGAUAAAAAACAACAUUCCUUUAUGUAAUUUAUGAUUCACAGUUAAGAACAAAUGGGAACUGACUUAGUUAUCUUUUAUGGAAAGAUGUGAAUUAUCAAAGCAUAAUACUUAUACAAAUAGAAAAUAGAGUAAAUCAAAUUAAGUACAUGCUUCAACAUUCUCACUAUAGGGUAAACACUAAAAUCAUUGAUUUGGGAUCAUGUAGGUCAUUUGUAACAGAUAUAAAUCAUUGUAGAACAUAAAAGUAGUAAGAGUAGAAUUAUAUUAAUAAAAUAGUGUUUCCUAAAACACACCAUGCCAAUAAAUUUUUAAUCUUAGUUUGUUUGGUCCAAACCACAGUGCAGACAAAUUUGAAAAUAUUUUUAAAAAAUAAAUAAUUUUUUGGUUGACUUUAAAUCUGGUAUUGCUAUUAUAAUCUUAUCUUAUAAAUUACAUUCCUUCAAAGAAGAAAAUUAACUCUAUGAUACUACAUGUUACUUUGCAUUUUCCAACUGUAUGAUCCAAUGAUCCUAAUAAUUACUUAAAAAUAUAUGUAUUUGAUGAAAUUAUAAUGUUGAACAUAUUUAUGUGCCAUAUCAAACUAUUUUGUUUCAUUGUGAUUUAAUGU